CUCAAACUGUGUUGGGACGGCCCUGUGUAUUUGCAGUCGAUUCCAAGUUCUUUCUUGAUGAAGCUGAACCAUGGUAGAUGUUUCAAAGCGACACUGAGACGGGGUGUCACGAAUGGUCGGUUGACAUUGACGACGGGGUGUUUGGUGACGGCUGGAGGAGGUUUGUGAGAGAGAAUGGAGUGCAAGAGUUUGAGAUUAUUCUGUUCAAACAUCAAGGAAGCAUGGUGUUCGAAUUUUUAGUGUUUGACCAAUCUACAUGUGAAAGACAAUACCCAAAUAUAUUUGAAGAAAUGUAUGUAGAAGAGCUUUCCACAGAAUCUGAUACGAUCUUUACACAUAAAAUGGUAUAUAUGAAAUGGUUAUUCAAAGGGCUGAAGAACCGCAAAAAGCGCAAGAGGAACGAUUAUGCAUCUGAUCAAGACCAGGAAAAUUUUCAAGUAAAGAAGGAGACUGGUUUUACAAAGAAGAAGGCAACUACUUUGACUCCCAACAAUCACCCAUAUUUUAUUUCAAAUCUGAAGCCUUGCAGCUUCAAAAUGUCGGUUCUGCAUCUUCCUAUUCACUUUACGACACCAAAUUGUUUUAAAGUUGGAGAACUGAUUCUUAUAGACAAUCAAGGUCGAUCAUGGCCGGUUUAUCUAAACAAAAUAGAUAAGAAUCGGUUUUAUAUUGGAUGCGGUUUUAAAGCUUUUCGUGUUGCGAAUUCCUUAAAGGAAGGUGAUGCAUUCAAGUUUGAGCUAGUCGAGAAAGAGAAGAACAAGCCUCCUGUAGUCAACUUUUUAUGUCCAUUUCGUUUUGAAGAAGAUGACCGACGCUACAUCAUGGGAAAACUGAAGUCCAAGUUACACCAAUUGUAUCUCCCACAAGACUUUGUGAGGUUAAAUGGGUUACUCAAUAAGAAAAAGGUGAUUCUUAAAAAUACCGAAGACGAAAGGUUAUGGUGGGUCGAUUUAAAGAAGUAUAAGAACAUGACUUGCUAUAUUAUGGGACAAGGUUGGAAAGAUUUUCGUGUUGCAAAUGGAUUGAAGGAAGGAGAUUGUUUCAAACUCUCGGUGGUCGAUGGGGAUAACCCCAUAGUUAGCUUUUACUUGCAAAAAAAAUCAUUAAAAAAUCGAUAGGUAGGCUUUCUUAUCGUUAUUAUAUUGAUGUACGUCAAUGUUAUCUUUCAUAUAACAAAUUGGCCAAAGCCUUUAAUCUUUCAAGUAUGUAGUGCUUACAAGUGAUGUUGCACCCUCCC